UCUUCACUUCUUGCAGCAGGUCGGACAGGAGGACACACGCCCAUCUGACGGAGAGAAUUAUGUGUUACGUGCGAGGAACAGCUUUCUAAUCUCUGAUCUCUUGGAUUAUUCCUCCGAUGGACGGGACUUAGCGUCUGUUUGUGGUUUUUGGCCACUGUUUUACGCGCACCGAGGGCCACUUUUGCGCGCUCUUAUUCGCACCCCUUGAUUUUUCACGAUGGAUUAAACACUCAUUAGUUUUAACCUAGUUUUUUUUUUUUUUUAUUUGUGCGCUCUGAACGAUUGUGGAUUAUUUAUGGACAUGUACUCACAUCACGCUAAAUGAUGGUGAUCUUUUGGUCACAGAAGCGCGCAGUCGUACGAUGGAUUAGGAGCCAGCGACUUUCUACUGCACUUCGACCAAGCACCUGUUUAUUCUCCUGAGACACUUGGACUUGUUUUCACCUACUGACGGGCUGUGAUGGAGAACGAGCUGAGACCUAGGCUCUGUUUCCUUACCAAAGGAGAGCGCGGCUAUGGGUUUCACCUGCACGGUGAGCGUAAUAAAGGCGGACAGUUCAUCCGAAAAGUGGAACCCGGCUCCUCAGCAGACCUGGCCGGGCUGAGACCGGGAGACCGGGUGGUGGAAGUGAACGGGCAGAAUGUGGAGAACGAAACUCAUCAUCAAGUGGUUAACCGGAUCCGUGAGGUGGAUUACCGGACCAGACUGCUGGUGGUGGACAGAGCAACAGACGAGUACCUCCUCAGCUGUGGCCAGGCCUGCACCGAGGACCUGGCCAUUGAGAUGGGAACACUCUCCCCGCGCCCCUCACCUGCACCCACCCCUAGUGCAUCUCCCAUUCCUCCCAUACUCAGAGAGAUCAUAGCCAUGUCACCCAAACUUAACCAUUCACACUCAGUUCAUCCUCGUGCUGCAGACUCACCCACUCAUAUGACCACACAAGUCAUCAAGAGGUUGUCUGUGACAUCAAGUUCAGCAACAGACACAGAGCUUCAGGUGGAGCCUUCACCCGAGCCGACCAAUGAGCUCCUUCCUCGUCUGUGUCACCUGGUGAAGGGGGAGAACGGCUAUGGCUUCAACCUGCACAGCAAUAAGAAGAAGAGUGGGCAGUUUGUCCGUUCUGUGGACCCCGGGUCUCCUGCUGAGGGUGCAGACAUCAGGCCUGGAGACAGACUCGUGGAGGUGAAUGGGUUGAAUAUAGAAGGACUGAAGCACUCUGAGGUGGUGGCUUUGAUUCGAGAGGGAGGGGAUGAUGUGCACCUCCUAGUGGUGGAUCAGGAGACCGAUGAUUUCUUCCACAGACUCGGAAUCACACCCACAAUCCGUCAUGUUAAAGAAGUCUACGUGGAUGAAGUAGCCACAGAAAGCAUCCCACCCACACCAUCUCCAACCAUUGAACUCACCACUACAGUUCCACCUAUCAUAAAUGUCGCUCUGACAGAUUCCUCGAUUCCAAACACAUCCCCGAAAUCCCGAGCUAAUGGGAGCUCUGCGUCCCAGUCCUCGAGAAGCUCCACCACCCAAUCAGAGAUCAGCAGCUCCGACAUGAGCAUCCAGGUCCCCGAUGAGGAUGACAGGCGUGUGUCAGACCCUUUCAUGGAUAGCGGAUUGCGUUUGAGUCCUACUGUUGCUGAGGCCAGAAAAAAAGCCCUCGCCAGCCGCAACAAAAAGAGAGCGCCCCCUAUGGAAUGGAGCAAGAAACACGAGAUCUUUAGCAACUUCUGAGGCAGUGGGCAAAGGGAGUACACAGAAGAAUUUCAUGAUUGUUGAUGGUUUAUACUUUAAAGGUACAAUAUGUAACAUACGUGAUGACAUUUAAUGUAAUGUAUUAUUUGUCUUAUUUUAUUGUAAUGUGGUGAGUGAAUGCAACGUACCUUAAAAAACGCACCUACACCUUUCUCGUUAACAGACAUGAAGCAAACUCAGGCUCGAUUUUCAAUAUCACUGCUCAUUAUUGCGGCAACCCCAGUUACAUUUAGCUUAGAAAUAUUUUCUGCUAACAUCGAGAAACAACCCUCUUCAAGCAUAGACUUCAACACAAACUUCAUGUAAGCGCACAAGAUCAUGUGAAUGUUACACAUUGUACCUUUAACUCUAAGAAGUACCUCUUUUUAGGUCGACAGGGAAAAAAGGGCAAUGCUUUUUGAAAGCAUGUGAAGAGGAAAGGAAUAAUAUUCUCUCACAUUUAUUCUAGUAAAAAAAUUUCAACGUAAUAUAUCAAAUAGUAUUCUUUAGAUGCAUUAUAAAAUGUAUUUUGUGGAUGUGUCAAAAACCUCACAUUUCUGCUUGAAAGAAGGACUUUUAAGAUAAUGAGAGACUUUUCACAGAUGAUCACAGUGUUGUUCUUGAGUUCUAGUCAUUUCAGAGAGUAGUGACUAUGCUUAUUUCAAGAGAGUCCUCAGUGGCAUUUCUGCAUUUGUCUGCUUUUGGACUGUAUUUUCUUUAGAACGUUUCCUCUCUUAUAACCUUGGUGGAUUUUGUUUUUGUAAGUAAUACUUUUCAGUGUACAGUUUGCUCAUCAGAGCUCAGUUUCACAGUAGUUGCCUGUAUAUUUGCUUUUGUUAGUCACUUUAAAUGUAACAUAAAACCCUAAAUGGUAAAUGGAGAAAAAAAUUGGAAGGAAGAAACUAUUAUAUGAAAUGUAUGAUGUUUGAUCACCUCAGUGCUUCCCAAAUAUUGGGGUGAUUUCUGUGAAAAGGAAAUAUUUAAAAGAUUGACAGCUGACUAGACAGAAAAAACUGGUUGAUCUUUUAGAGUAGCUUUAGAACAUAUUCUCCAACAAAAUUAAAUAAACUAUUAAAAUGUGUAUAAAAAUGCCAAGAGAGAAUUGCUAUUGCCAGUACUUUACUCAUGCACAUUUGAGAUACUGGUAGUACCCUCUGUAGUCAUUUUAUGCUAUGAUAUACUUCUCCUUUACUGCAUUUCAGAAGCAAAUAUUGUAUGUUUAUUCUACUGUAUUUGCCCACUAUAUUUUUCAUACUGUGUAUGUUGCUGUCCAGUGAAAAUGAAAAAUGGAUGUAUGAGAUGAGUUUAAAAGCCUCCUCCUACUUAAGCUAAAUGAACUUUUGUGGGAUUUGUUGGGAAAAUGUAUCAAAACAGACCUGAAAUCAGGCCUAUUUUUCUGAGCUCAUGAAAAGUAGACUUUUUUGGUUGUGUGAUUCUUACAGGAUGGCGAUGCUGAUAAUCUUGUAGAAUAUGGUGCAUUAUUAUAGAUUAAUCUUCAUAGAUUAAGUUGUUUAAAUAAGAUCUACCUUAUGCAUGUGCAGCAAUAAAAUGAAUCCAAAAGCAUCAUAGAUAAUUGUAAAACACUGACAGACCAUUUCACUUUCACAAUGACUGCUUUUGCUUUUCAUUUUGUAGGUGAUACUUGUAUACUUUUACUUACACAAGGUUCUGAACGCAGAGCUUUUACUUGUGAAGUAUUUUUAGUGUGGUAUAAAUACUUCUUACACCACUGGUUAUUGUUUUCAAGGUAGAUAAAGGGUCACUUUGC